ACCUUGCAGACAUAGGAGGAGAGAAGUGGCUAGGAGUGUGUGUGUGUGUGUGUGUUUAUGAGAAAAUGAGAGGGACAGAGAGAGAGAGGGGGCAUAUUAAAGAGCACGCCAAACAGAGGACAAGCUGUGGCAGCAGCUUUUUUCCUCUGAGCUGCGGACAACCUGCAGGACAGACCGUGUCUGUCUACUAAAAGCCAAGGACUAUAUUUGACUUCUUCUAAACCAGUUUUGACCCUGAAACCACUUUAAGUCCAAAGAGGACUACAGAAGCUUUAUUGAAGGAGGAACAAAACCUAAUCAACUAUUUUCAUUUUCACAUUUCAGGCAAACUUGGAUCCUCUUUUUUCUUUCAAAAAUCAAGAAGAAAAUAAGGCUGAAGGGAAACUAAGAGGGAUAAUUCACUGUACAUCUGACUGAAAGAGCAGCCUUCUUUCCUGACAACUUUUCCAAGCCAAAGAGAACAAAACAGACAAAAACAAAAUCUGCUCAGGAACAGCGGAACAUGUCUUUAAAUAAUUACUAAAUAUAAAGGAUAUAGAGGACUCAAAUGAAGACACAGCAAGAGGAGGACAGCUUCUGCAACCCUGCCAUGCUUUUGGAUAUUUGUUCUUCAUUUUCAGGUCUGGGCAAAUAAAGACAAAACAAAACAAGAGAGAAGCAAAGGAAGAAUUUCAUCUUGGAGGAAAAUCAAAAUACUUUUCCACUGGUGAUUCUUUUAACACCAAGAAAAAUAAGUAAAACAUAGAAUUCAGAGGCUCAAAUGAGAAGUUAUUAAAAACUAGAGGCAAACAGAUAACAAAUCAAGGAAAAUAGGACCUCAGGAACUGGAAUGUAAAAGAAGAAAUAGUCAAAAAUAAAGCACAGAUUUCCCCAGAAUUUACAAAGAAAAAAAGGCAUCCUAAUCAUGAAGCUUCUCAGGUUUUUUGCAACUCUUUGCUCCGUUAUCUACCCUGUGCAGCCUGUGGCCCCCCCGAGCAGCGUGGCCCUCAGUCGGCUGGACCGCUGGGUGCGCUCUGGCCUCCAGGUGUUGCAGUGGGACCAGCUGGACCGCUGCCUCCGGAUGUCCUCCAUGUCUGAAGCGGACUGCAGACGGCUCACCCACCUGACGCCGUCGUCUGUGGCCGUGUAUAUGUCCGAGCAGCACGCCGCCGCAGGUCCCUUCAACAAAGUCCAGGCCAUCCUGCCUGACUUUUCCAGUGGGAUGCUGAGUUCCAAGCUGAGAGGAAGUUUCAACGUCGGACGAAUGCUGAACAGAGCUGACGGUUCACAUAGACUCCACCAGCCCCUCUAUAGUUCCUCUGCCCAUGAUGUUGUGAUGGUGCUGGAUCCAAGCCCAGGAGAGAACUUUGGACACCCCGUCUUCCUCUUUUAUUUGGACAUGAAUGUGACCAAGAAGAGAUGUUCCCACCUCGAUGGUAUUAACCUGGGUGAAGAGUGUUUGACGCUGGCUUUAAAGGGUCGCUGCCAGAACCAGCUGAAGCGUAGGCAGACAGGUCCACAGAGGCUGUUUGGUCCCAGACGGAUGGCAGCUGGGACGCUGCGUGGUGGCACCGCUGGGAGCCGCCUGUUAGAACAAGCCAUUGGAGGUUUCUGUGAGGUCCACUUUCUGCCCCUGGUGGUUGCCAUCGGAGACAGCAGCAUGUCACAGAGACUCAAAUGUGUCGACAACCCAGAGUUUGCACGGUGUCCUCAGCAGCUGCCCAUGAGCUCUCCCAGUCUGCCCGUCUCAAGCUGUGAGCUGAAUAAGAACACCAGGCGCUGCCACCAGCAGCCUUUGGCCACACACCUGUCCUGUCGCCUUUAUCAGACCUGUGACCAUGCUGUGCUCAUCUCAGGUGGAUGGCAGCCUCAGAUGACAUUUCAGCAUCACCUUCAGAAUCUUCAAAGGUUCUACAGAGUGCUCCGAAAUAACGGCUUCCAUAAAGACCACAUCAAGACUUUCUUCGCCAGCAGUGGACAGCUUCUUGAAGAUUUAGAGGGUGUGUACUCGGCAACAGAGAAAGCGGUGAUCCGUAACCAUGUGUCAUACAUUUGCCGGAAGCAGCACUGUGCCGACACUCUGGUUCUGUACCUGAACUCACCAACGCGCACCGAUGGAACCAUGCUGUUGUGGGACGCCAACCUGAAUGGCAUCGCUGACCUAAAGGAACGCUACUCGGUGAGUGAGCUGCUGGCAGAUCUGGCCGGCUGCAGGGCAGUUCGUGUCCUCCUGUUUGUAGAUCAGAGCUAUAGUGGAGUCCUGUCCAAGAGGCUAAGGAGUUCCCAGAAGCACUACAAUGUGGUCCUGAUCCAGCAUCAGUCCAGACAGAUCCAGACUUAUCAGAACCACAGACUAUUCCCUGGCUGGGAUGAUAGCAGCUGGUCCUCUAUAAGUGCUUCUACAUGCCUAUUAGACCACUUGGAGAAGAUUGAUGGAAUGUCUCACCUCUUGGAGCCAUGGGCUGGCCUUUUAAAUGUGACGUUGGCAGGAGCGCCAUGCAAUGCCACCCCUCCUCUUACAGACAGUGAAAUGCGGCGGGAGUAUCAGGGUUGCCAGAACCUGCCAACUGCUCUGUGGUACCAGAAACAUGGGAGGACCAACUGAGUGAGACCAACAAAGACUUAUCCAGAAAGGACAGGCGGAGAUGUAUUAACUCCAGUCUUGAAUUUCUUCCACUGCUUGUGACUGGGGGUGGGUUUGAGGGUGGGGCUCUAGUGUGUUGCAAAUUCAGUUUACUGUGUUAGACACUGCUGUGUGUUUAUUUUAUGAAUUAAGUCUACUGUGAAUGCACACCGUCUCAGUGGGAUGUCCUGAACACCAUGUGACUUCUAUGUGUGUGUAUUUGUUUAAGUGUGUGUCCAUGAGUUCAGCAAAAGGACAGUCUAUCUCAAGGGCCAGCACUGGGUUUACUUUAUGGUCAAAGUAUUUGUUUGUGAGUGUACAACACAUCUCCUGAGCACUUUAAGAUCCAGUCGUAAGCCUAUUUUCCUCCCCACACCAGUCUCCUUUCAGGGUCUUAUUUUAAUCUUAUUUUCCUUUUCUGAAUGCAAUUCACAUUGUUUGAAUUCUUCUACUUGCCACCGUGCCUUCAUUUUGAUUUCUCAUAUUUUUCUUACUUCUUUUGCAAAACACAACACAAUUUUUUUUGUGACCUUGGCUAAUUGAUCUUACAAAAACAAUCUUUAAAAUGUUAUAAACAUUUUAGAUUCUUAGCAGGGGUUUUAAAGCAUUCACCUUAUUUCUCUUCACUAUAUAAACGUCUGUACACAAAAAACAGCAAAAGAACAAAGCACAACCUUUACACAAUAAUAUAUACCAUGAAGUAGUCAAUUGUUGAUUGUGAGUUUAGUAACAUGACUGUGUAGAUUCUACAGGUUGUAUUGGUUCAGAUAACAUUGUUAAUCAUCCAGUAGUAUACACAACCUAAUCAUUAACAAUGGUGGUCUGUUUUAGGCUGUAAACUGGGAGGGCACAGCUUUUCUGCUGUUUAAUAAUUGUAACAAUUACAGACAGGAAUAUAUCACUGGACACUUAUGGCCCUUUCAGUAUGUGACACAUACAUCGCUGCACUCUAAACCUCAUUAUUUUUAAUGACUCGGGUAAUGCCAGGGGGGUUCAUCGCUGUGGCAAGCAAAGACAAGUGCAGUGCACCCCUUUAGAAGAUCGUAUGCUCAACACAGCC